AUGGUUCCCGACUCACACCCCCCACUCCACCCCGUCCCUCGCCUCUAUGCCAGCAGCCUGUCGCCGAGUGGAAGCCCGCUUGUCUCGCGUUCAAACAGCCCCAGCGGACAGUCGGCCGCGCCUUCAGUGCAGAAAAUCCACUCUCGUUGUCCCAACUGGUUGGCCUGUAUCAAGGGCGACAGCUGCCCCUACGGCCAUCCGAAACGCGACUGCAACAAUAAACGUUGCAACCGCGGCCCUCACUGCUGCUUCCUGCAUCCGGAGGAUAAAAUUCUGCUGGAGAAUUUGCGGAAGCGUAUUAACCUGCCCGCUGUCACGGCCAAUGCAAUUUCAAACGCUGCCAAUCAAACUGGUUCAGCCUAA